AUGAGAUUCCGAAUCAUCGCAUCAAUACUCUCGUAUGCGGCUUUCGUAUUUGCUGUUCCCAACCCGUUGCCCGGAAGCUCCGAAGUCGUAGUCCGCGACCCCGCCAUCUUCUACAACUCAGAUAGCAAGAAAUACUUCGUGUUUUCGACCGAUGAGAACAUCAAGAUUUUCACCUCGACGUCGUUGACAGGUCCUUGGACUCGAAAUGGCUCUGUACUGCCGGAUUGCUCAGUCAUUCAACUUGCUGGUAACUGUAGCCUUUGGGCGCCUGACAUCAACUUCGUCAACGGCCAAUAUGUCCUAUAUUACUCCGUGUCGUCUCUCGGAAGCCAGAAUUCCGCAAUCGGUCUUGCGACGAGCCCUUCUAUGGAACUUGGGACCUGGACGGACCAUGGGGCUGUGAUCACAUCCCAGACGGGGGACGUUUACAACGCUAUUGACCCGAACCUCCUUGUCGCAUCCGACGGUACCUUUCAUCUCAGCUUUGGUUCUUACUGGCAGUGUGUCUUCCAAGUUCCCUUGUCUAACGUCUCUACACCGGCUUCGUCGACUCCUGGCACGCAUCUCGUGGGCUACGAUGGGCGGCAAGCUGAAGGCGGUUUCACCUACAAACCCGCCGGCUCACCGUACUACUUCGAAACCUUCUCCGACGGCAUCACGAUCCUUCCAGGCGCAACGACCCGCCCCGCCCCCGGCGACGAGUACAAGGUCCGCGUCGGGCGCGGGACGAACCCCUCCGGCCCGUUCGUCGACCAGCUCGGGAACGACAUCACGCUCGACGUCGCGCCGCCCACGGGCCCGACCGGGACGCUCGUCCUCGGCUCGCACGAUAACGUGUACGCGCCGGGCGGGCAGAGCUUCUUCUUCGACCCGGUCAGCGGCCGGGACGUGAUCGCAUACCACUACGUGCCCGACGACGCGUUCGGCGGCCCGUCGUACCUCGGCCUCAACUUCGUCGACUUCUCGUCGGGGUGGCCGGUGCUUGUCGACUGA